AUGGCGUCAGAACACCUACCCUCGCUUGAUUUUGAUCCGGAACUCUCAGCGAUACUGCCAUUGCUUCCCCUUCCUAAGGGACUCACAGUUGAGAUGCUCCCAGCUUUACGUCAAGCCACGUCUCAGGCGACGCACGCAGAAUCUACCAUUGCAGGCAGACCAAUUCGCCACCGUGAGAUAGAUAUUGACGGACCGAACGGAAAAAUUACUCUUUCUAUACUAGAGAAAAUUGACUCUACAAUUCAAAAGAACCGUCCGGGUUUUUAUUACAUUCAUGGUGGUGGGAGAAUCUUGGGUAAUCGUUUCAGCGGUUUGGAGACAGUGCUUGAAUGGGUGGAGAAAUUGGAUGCAGUGUGCAUAUCCGUCGAAUAUCGAUUGGCACCGGAAUUUCAAGGGACGUCGGCGGUUGAAGAGUGCUAUAAAGGGCUGGAGUGGAUUGGAGAGAAGUUUGAUCAGUUGGGAAUUGAUCCGGCCAAAUUGAUGAUUGCUGGCCAAUCCUCAGGAGGUGGACUUGCAGCGGGCAUAGCGCUCCUGACACGGGAUAGAAAAGGCCCCUUGUUGAGUGCCCAGUUGCUUAUGUGCCCGCAGCUGGAUGAUCAGAAUAAUACCGUUUCGAGCCGCCAGUUCUUGCAUCGGGGCAUCUGGAACGGUAAGGACAAUGCUCUAGGUUGGCAGUGCGUCCUUGGUGGUUCAAAUGAGGUCAGCCCUUAUCUUUCCCCUUCACGGGCAACAGAUCUCACUGGACUCCCUCCGGCAUACAUUGACGUGGGCUCCGCGGAGGUUUUCCGCGAUGAGGAUGUCAAAUACGCAACACGGCUAUGGGAGUCGGGGGUGCAGACAGAGUUGCAUGUCUGGUCGGGAGGCUACCAUGUCUUUGACAUGAUGGCACCAAGCUCCGAAUUGGCUCGGAAAGCGAUCGCAGCCCGGACUGCAUGGGUUGUUAAAUUAUUAUCGUGA